AUGAUCUCGUGGAGGAGAGAAGAUGAGGUUCUUUCAGUCCUGGACGAGAAUCAACGGCCGAUGAACAUAUCGAAUGUGAGCAAAGGCAAGCUUCUUCCUCUGAUACCCAAACUAAACCGCUCCCUGUACUGUCACUCUCAGCGUCGAACUCGUUCCCUUCCUCAUCACAAAGACAAACCCAUCAACCAAAACUCCACACCCACUCUCGUCCUCCACAACCCUCAUCUCUCAUUACUCCAAAAAUGCGAAUCUUUGCCCCACUUGAAGCAGAUUCAAGCGCAGAUGACUAUCGACGCCUCGAUCCUCGUCCCGUUCGACUCAAGCCGACUAAUCGCCUUCUGCGCAGAAUCUCGCUACCUCGAUUACUCUGUGAAGCUCCUGAGCGGAGUUGAGAACGCUAAUGCAUUAGCUUGGAACGUAACAAUUAAAGGAUUCUACGAGAGCCCAAACCCUAAAGACGCCAUUUUGCUCUACAAGGAGAUGCUUAGAGACGCUGGUGGUGACUCACGACCUGAUCGUUACACUUACCCUCUUCUGAUCAAGGUUUGUGCUGAUCUCGCGUUGAGUAGAUUAGGUCAUAUGAUUCUUGGCCAUGUUGUUAAGUUGAGAUUGGAGUUGGUCUCUCAUGUGCAUAACGCUUCCAUUUAUAUGUUUACCUGUCUUGGUGAGAUGGAGAAUGCACAGAAGGUGUUCGAUGAAAGUCCGGUGAGAGAUUUAGUUUCCUGGAACUCGUUGAUUAAUGGUUAUAGGAAGAGUGGUCAGGCUGAGAAGGCGAUUGAGGUUUAUAAGCAGAUGGAGUCUGAAGGAAUUGAGGCGGAUGAUGUGACCAUGAUCGCAUUGGUUUCUUCUUGUGCUAUGCUGGGAAGUUUGGAGCUUGGGAGAGAGUUUUAUGAAUACAUACGAGAAAAGGGAGUUAGAAUGACUGUUCCUCUUGCUAAUGCUCUGAUGGAUAUGUUCUCAAAAUGCGGACAUGUUCACGAGGCAAGGAGUAUAUUUGAUAGAUUGGAGAAGAGAACGCUUGUGUCAUGGACCACGAUGAUCUCAGGGUAUGCGAGAUUUGGUUUGCUUGAUGUUGCUAGGAAGCUUUUUGAUGAGAUGGAAGAGAAAGAUGUUGUUUUGUGGAAUGCUAUGAUCGGUGGAUCAGUCCAUGCCAAGCGUCCUCAAGAUGCUUUGGCUUUGUUCCAAGAGAUGCAGGUUAGCAACACAAAGCCUGAUGAAAUCACCAUGAUUCAUUGCCUCUCUGCGUGUUCGCAGCUUGGUGCUCUUGACGUAGGGGUUUGGAUCCAUCGUUACAUCGACAAACAUAAUCUUAGUCUUAAUGUUGCGCUAGGGACUUCGUUGGUCGACAUGUAUGCCAAAUGUGGUAACAUCUCCGAAGCUCGCAGUGUUUUCCAUGGAAUGCAAACAAGAAACUCACUUACAUACACAUCGAUCAUCGGUGGCUUGGCACUUCACGGAGAUGCAUCCGCUGCUAUAUCAUACUUUAAUGAAAUGAUUGAUGCAGGGAUAGCCCCAGAUGAGAUAACUUUCAUAGGGUUAUUAUCAGCUUGUUGCCACGCAGGAAUGGUCCAAACCGGCCUUGAUUAUUUCUUUCAGAUGAAGUCUCGAUUCAACUUAAACCCCCAAUUGAAACACUACUCUGUUAUGGUAGACCUACUAGGAAGAGCCGGACUACUAGAAGAAGCAGAGAACCUCAUGGAGAGUAUGCCAAUGGAGGCAGAUGCUGCGGUUUGGGGAGCUUUGUUUUUUGGUUGCAAGAUGCAUGGUAAUGUUGCAAUGGGAAAGAAAGCGGCUAAUAAGCUUCAAGAACUUGAUCCUGGUGAUAGUGGGAUCUAUGUGUUGUUGGAUCAAAUGUAUGGAGAGGCUAAUAUGUGGGAAGAUGCAACGAAAGCGAGGAGGAUGAUGAAUGAGAGAGGCGUAGAGAAGACUCCGGGUUGCAGUUCUAUUGUGGUUAAUGGAGUUUACUGUGAGUUUAUUGUUAGGGAUAAAUCGAGACCGGAGUCUGAGAAGAUCUAUGAUUGCUUACAUUGUCUUGGAAGGCAUAUGGGGAGCUCUUUGUACUCUCGAGCCAAGGUAGUUCAUGACAUUACUUUCAAUGGCAUUACACUGUUGUGGCUUCAUGGAGAUAUGUGA